AUGGCUGCAGCAGCGCGUCCCACUGGCCUCAUUGCCAAGAAGGGCAUUGAGCUUCUCACAUUCGGAACCCCCAAUGGCUACAAGGCCAGCAUCAUCCUGGAGGAGCUGAAGGAGGCGUACGGCCUCCCGUUCGUGGUCCAGAGCGUCAACAUCAUGCAGAACAUCCAGAAGGAGCCCUGGUUCACCGCCCUCAACCCCAACGGCCGCAUCCCCGUCAUCGUCGACCACGACAACGAGCAGCUCGCCGUCUUCGAGGGAAGCGCCAUCCUGAGCUACCUCACCCGCCGCUACGACACCGAGCACCGCUUCUCCUUCCCCGCCUCGGACAACGACUACACGAGGGCCGAGACCUGGAUCGGCUGGCAGCACGGCGGCCUGGGCCCCAUGCAAGGUCAAGCCAACCACUUUGUUAGGUUCGCCAAGGAGAGGAUCCCCUACCCGACGCAGCGCUACGUGGGCGAGACCGAGAGGCUGUUCGGCGUCCUCAACACCCACCUCGACGGGCGCGAUUUCGUCGUCGGGCCCGGCCGUGGUCGCUACAGCAUCGCCGACAUCUCGAUGAUCGGCUGGGUCCAAGGAGCCCCCAUGGCCGGCAUCGACAUCAACCAGUUCCCGUCCGUCAAGGCGUGGCUGGAAAGGUGCCUGGAGAGGCCCGCCGUCCAGCGGGGCAUCCAAAUCCCGGACGCCCCCUUCAUGUCUGUCGCCAGCAUGGAGAAGAGGCUGCAGGAAGACGAGGGCCUUGCCGAGAAGGAGGCCGAGGUCAAGAAGCAGAUUGACGACGCCAAGAAGGCCUAUGGCUAUGUUUACUCGUCGCCGUAA